AUGACUCUGCGACGGCGACUGUGGCGCCGUUUUCAGGCUAGAUGCCUCUUGACGGAAUCCGCUCUGCGGCCGUUGGUGCCGGUCUUGGCGUUCUCAAUCACGGGCACACUUUGCGGUGCGGUCUCGCCUGUGACACUCAACAGGCUGGCGUCAUUCGCAGAGGAUACGCGAGAACGCCGAGCCACUGCGGUUCACAGCCCAGGAGGGCGUGGGACGGCUGCGACUGAAGCAAUGGCAUUCGAUCCUCCGGGUUCUGAUGAAAGAGAAUUCCAUGCGGAGAAGUCGUACUCCUCGGUUUCGGGUUCGGACUCUACUCAGAGCUCCACCCGCGCUGUGAAAGGCGGCCACGUUGCUGUCAUGGUUGCUGCCGGAAUCUGCGUCAUCUGCGGUCUCUUCAUGUGCGCGACGUAUAUCUACCAAAAGUGGAGACGCCGAGAUGGCAACAGGACGUCCGAGACUAAACCUGAGACAGCGGAAUCUGGUAGAAUCCACAGGGAAGCUGCUUCGUCUCUCCGUGAAGACGAUCAAACGGAAAAAGGAGGUACGCACGCCAGUACCGCACCCAGAACCCAAGGCUCCUUACAGUCCGAAAAUCUAAUUGAGUCUCGACACAGCAAGGAUCUGGAUCCUUCCAGUUUCAUCGCUGAUACCCACCUUGGCGACCCGCUGAGCAAAGCUGUGACGCUCCUCGCGACUGACACUGCGUGUUGGACCGCGACCUCCUCGAUGAUGCUGACCCGAAUUCUCCGAGAAGACUCUUCGCUAUCUGAGGAGGAGGAGGCUCUGCCUCCCUCGAUACCUGUUGCCUCGACACUCGAUGAAGAAUGA